AUGCUUGUUCUGAAGACAUUAUAUAGACUUGAAGAUAAUUGGCUUGAUACAAUAGAUUCUUUGAAAUAAGUCACAGAUUCAUAGUGGACUGAUCUUAAGUUUCCAAUGGGUGUUGUGAAUCAAAUUAAAAAGAAAUUAUCAGAGUCAUCAUAACCAGCAAUGCAAUAGAAUAACCAAUAAUCUGUGAAGCAGCAAUCAAACUAACAAGAUCAAGAAAUGAUAGAUACAACCACAUUUAAGUAGAAUCAAUAACCAAUUUCUAAAGAAGAAUUGAAGAAAGACGAGACUGUGGAAUAUUGUUUAAAUGCGCUCACUCUUCUAUAAAAUGAGACUGGCUCUAAUGUAGCUUAACAUAGAGAUACAGUCAAAACUUUAUUUACAGUAUUAAAUAAUCUCUUAAGCAAGCCACUUGAACCAACAGUUAGAAGGCUCAAUAAGACAAACAAGUCAGUUUAAGCGAAAGUUCUUGCAUUUAAAGGUGCAGUUCAAUUCCUCUAAAUCAUUGGGUUCGACUUCAAGUGCAAUCCUGAACAGAUUGAGUUGAAUAAGUAUGAUUAGAUCCUUUUAGAUGCAGGUAUGGAAUCAAUUAAUGCUCAUGUUAUCAGUCUUGGAGGUGAAAUAGAGUCUGGUUAAUAAUUUAAUCCUUAUAAAUCAGUUGUCUCAUCAACCACUUCAAAUAAAAUGCCAGUUAUUAGAGAUGGCAAAGAUCAGAUCAAUUUUUAUGAUCCUAAUCAGGUUAACAAUGAAAUCUAGAAAAUCUAAAAUGAGAGAAUGAAAGCCUUGAAGUCAACUAAAGUUACAGAUAGAGAUAUUAAAGUCUUUAAUGUAUUGAGCACUGGGACAAAUCUAAAAGGCUAUUUGAUGGAACUAGAUAGAUUAGAACAGGAAAGAUUAAGAGAACUUAAGAUUUCAUAAGAAAAACUUGAAGAGGCCAUCGCAAGUACAUAAGCCCUAAAGUUAAUGGCAGAGAAUGAAAAAUCAUCUCAUUUCAGAAACAAGAGGCAAGAGGAGUUAGAGAGACUUUAAAAGAUGCAAGUAUACACCACUGCCUUAGUCAGAAUAAGAUUUCCAGAUGAUUAUGUCAUUCAAGGUACGUUUGGAGCUCUUGAGAAUAUUUAAGUUCUCUAUGACUUUGUUUAGGAGCAUCUUUAUGUCUAGGGAAGAGAGUUUUAUUUAUACGAGACCCCUCCAAAGAAGAUUAUGACUGAGAUGAAACAAACUCUAAAAUAAGUAAGAAUGGUACCAAGUGGCAUGCUUUACUUCGGCUGGACUGACUUGGAUCAAACUAAAAAUACUGAUGGUCCUUUCCUCGAUAUUGCCAAAUUAAAAGAUAAGAUACUAGCAUUCUGA